AUGGCCAACAGUCUGUGCGACGAGCUCUGGGCCAAGUGCCAGGAUCAGCUGGAGCUCCUCGUGCAGGAUGACACCGACUGGACCCAACGAUCUCGGAGCAGCACCGAAGGUGGCGGCGGUGGCGCAGGCAAGAGGGAACGCGCCUCGGAGGUCCGUGGCCGUCUGGCCGGCCUCUACGCGCGCUACGUCGACUGCGCCAAUCGGCUCGAGGACUGCCACGAUCAGUGCCUGCAGCCCCAGAAGCGCGAGCUGCUGCGACGCCUGCUGGACGGCUGUUUGGGCCGCGUGAUCGAGUUGAAGCACGAGCUCGUCGAGGUGGAGCUGAGCGAGCACGCCUGGGCUCGAGAUCAGGCGCUGCUGUCAGGGCGUCUGGAGGAGGAGGACCCGACGACGAGGCUGACCCCGGAACAGGUCGAGAGCCGGAUACCGAGGUAUUUUAGGCGCGAGAGAGCCCGUGAGAUCGCCGAGAGGAGGCAGCUGAUCGAGAGGACGCUGAGGGCGCUGGGCCAUCUCGAGGACAGGACGGAGAAAAGGAUCAUGACCGAGCGAGCGGCCGUUAGGCUCAUUCAGGCACACGAGCGCGCGCGACAAGGCCGAGUCCGCUUCCAAUUCAUGAAGGAGAUCCUGGACAUGAAGGAGCGCUCGAGCAUACGCGCGGCCGAGGCCAAGGACGCGCGCGACCCCCUCGUCGCCGAGAGAUCGGCCCUGCUGAUACAGCGGGUCUGGCGAGGCUGGCGCGCCCGUGCCCGAGUCCGACAGCGCAAACUCGACGAGAUGUCGCUGAUCGGCAUGCUGCCGCCGGCCCAGCAGCUCACCGAGACGGCCAGGAAGCUGGAGAGGAUCACGCGCGAUCGGUACGAGCUGCAGGACUCGUAUCAGGCCGAGUACGAGCAGCUGAGGGUGGAGGUGAAGCGGAGGAUCAAGGCGGAGAGGAGCGCCAUUAUGGAGGAGCGGAUGAGGGCGGAGAUCAGGGCGUGGAUCGGCGCGCAUUACAGGCAGACCGGGAAGAUACCGGACAUACCGUCGGCCGAGAACGGCGGCUCGAGGCUGAUAUUCAGCCGGCAGGACACCGAGAGCUCGCUCAGCAAGUCCACCGGGGUGUCGUCGUCCAAGGACGGAGGCGGGGCCGGUGGCUCCAAGAAGUCACGAAAAUCGGCGGGCAAAGCCGGCGGCAACGCCGACGCCGAUCAGCAGCAGGCGCAGGCCGAGUCCGAGGCCGAGUCGGAGAUGGGCUACUUCCGACCUCAACCCUCCAAUCAUCUGGCCGAGUUGGCCCGUGCCUCGCAGGAGUACCGCGAGAUCUGGCGCGGCAAGGACGAGUCCGCCAACACCGCGCAGUCGGCCUACCUGGACAUGAUCGCUGCGGCGGCGGAGCGCGAGGUCGAGCGCGAGGUGCGCCUCGAGGUGGAUCAGGCGCUGCGCGCCGACGUCGAGGCCCUCCAAGCGGCCCUGGAUCGCGACCGAGGCUACAAGGGUAAACGGGGUGCGGCUGCAAAGAAGUCGCAGAAGCGCGCGCGACGCAGCGGCAAGAAGAACAAGCGCAAGAAGGAGAAGGACCUGACGCCCGAUCGGACGACCGAGUCGCUGCUCGAGGAGCUGCUGGAGCAGGGCAUCGUCAGGACGUAUCCCGAGAUCGAGCUCGACAGCUAUCAGGGCCAGUGCUCCUACGGCGAGUUUCAUCUGGGCCAGAGGGGCAAGGAUCCGCUCCCAGCCAUAGGUGACAUCAGACAGCUGAUAAGGGAGUACUGCAUCCUGCCGCUGGGCAGCGAGUUGGUGCGCGAGACCACGCCGCUGGUGCGCUCGGUGCUGCUCGCCGGGCCGCGUGGCAGCGGCAAGCGCAUGCUGGUCAACGCCGUGUGCCACGAGCUCGGCGCCACCCUCUUCGACCUGACCCCGGCCAAUCUGGCCGGCAAGUAUCCCGGCAAGUCGGGCUUAGUCAUGCUGCUACAUCUUAUCUCCAAGGUCUCGAGGCUGCUGCAACCAUCCGUGAUAUUCAUGGAGGGCGCGGAGAAGCCGUUCGUCAAGAAGGUCCCGAAGACCGAUCGCACCGACCCCAAGCGGCUCAAGAAGGACCUGGCCAAGCUCGUCAAGGGCAUCGGCCCGGAGGACCGUGUGAUCGUGAUCGGCACGUCGCGCUCGCCCUGGGAGGCCGAUCAGAAGCUCAUGUAUCAGGCCUACGACAAGGUGAUCUACGUGCCGAGGCCCGAUUACGGCUCGAUGUCGCGCGUCUGGAAGGGUCUGCUCUACAGGUACUCGGGGCUGAGUCGCGAGUUCGACACGUCGGCCAUGGCCCGACUGUGCGACGGCUUCACCAUCGGCACCGUGGUCGAGGCCAUUAACGAGGUAAUGACGACUAAACGGAUGGUACAAUUGAAAGUGCGACCGCUGACGCACAUCGAGCUGAUCAACGCGCUCAGCACGAGGGAGCCGGUCUACAAGGAGGAAGAGGACACUUUCCUUAACUGGUACUCGAAGACGCCCACCUGUCGAAAAAAGCAGAGGUCGAUCGAGCUGGAGCUGGCCAGAGAGGAGGAAGCCAACGAGAAGCGAAAGAAGAAGGGCAGCAAAAAGUAAAGAGCGAAAGAACGGAUACAGAAAAAUGAUGUGUGCUGACUCCAGUGGCACAUGCCCCGUACGUGACACACGAAACGAGGAAAAUGCAACGAGAAGAAAACAGCCGGCC